AUUCUACCACUCAAAAAUCGAGCUCGGCAAGCCUCCUUCGCUUCCCAACAAUGGCUCCCUGCAACUCUAGAUCUCUUCAAAUCUUAGUCCUCCUCUUUCAGUUGUUAUCCAUCGUGAUCCCUCUUGCAAGCCCACUCUCCUUCAACCUUACUGGCGAUAAACUGGGCAAACCGAACAUAAACUUCUCUGGCGACGCCUACGUUGACAACAUCGUUGUCCAACUCACCAGCAACCAGCAGGCGCCUUCCCUUAACCAUAGCUUUGGAAGCGCCACAUAUUCCGAACCGGUGCCUCUCUGGGAUAAAGCUUCAGGAACGCUUGCCAACUUCACAACAAAUUUCAUAUUCUCUAUCGACAGCUUCGGACAAAAUAUAAGUGCCGAUGGGCUUGCCUUCUUCCUCUCUCCCAUCCCUUUAGAGGGAAAUUAUUUUUUUGGUGGAACUUUUGGACUAUUUCUAGAUGAUUUGGUGGCUGUCGAAUUUGAUAGCUUCAAGAACCCUGAGUACAACGAUUCGAGCUACAACCAUGUGGGCAUCGACACUUGGUCCGUGGUUUCCAUCGACUGGGUGGACUUGAAUGCUAGCAUCAGAGAGAAUGAACAAUUCAUUGCAUCCAUUAGUUACGAUGCUGUUACUCAAAAUUUGAGCGUCUUCCUCAGUAAUGCUUCAGAUCCUGGGAGGAAUUGGAGCCUGUUUCAUGUUGUGGACUUGAGGGACCACCUGCCUGAGAAUGUAGCCAUUGGUUUCUCAGCUGCCAGUUUAUUGCUCAAAUACGAGUCGCAUACCAUCUAUUCCUGGGAUUUCAAUUCCUCCAAGUUGGGUUCGCAAGAUCUUGCUCCCAGUCCUGGACCUAGUCCAACUAAUGAAACUUCCGAAGGCAAGAAGAAGAGUAAGAUGGGCCUGGUGGUGGGGCUUGCUGUUGGUUUUGGGAUCUUGCUAUGUGGGUUGGGUUUGGUGUGGUCUGCAGUAUCGCGUAAGAGGGCCAGGGGAGGGAUCGAAGAAAAAGAACAGAAGGCUCUUGAAUUGUCCAUCAAUAAUGCAUUCGAGAGAGGUGGCGGCCCUAGGAAAUUUUCUUAUGGUGCACUCGCGAUUGCAACCAGAAAUUUUGUUAAGGAGGCAAAGCUUGGGGAAGGAGGUUUCGGGGAGGUUUACAUGGGAGUGUUGGAUGAUACGAAGCAAGAAGUGGCAAUCAAGAGGAUUUCUAGAGAUUCUAAGCAAGGGAAGAAGGAGUAUAUAUCGGAAGUCACGAUUAUAAGCCGGCUGCGGCAUCGCAAUCUUGUACAACUCAUCGGCUACUGCCAUCAAAAAGGGGAUUUGUUGCUUGUCUAUGAGUACAUGUCGAACAAAAGCCUCGAUCACCAUCUAGACAGCGACGAGCGAUUGCUAACAUGGCCAGAGAGGUACGAGAUCGCAUCCGGGUUGGCCUCGGCACUGCUCUAUCUUCAUGAAGAGUGGGAGCAGUGCGUGGUCCAUAGAGAUGUCAAGCCGAGCAACGUGAUGUUGGAUUCAGGGUUCAAUGCUAAACUCGGUGACUUUGGGCUCGCAAGGCUUGUGGAUCAUGACAGUAACAUGCAAACAACGAUUAUGGCUGGGACCAGGGGAUAUAUCGCACCUGAAUAUGCUACCACAGGUAAGUAAUAUGAUAAUUCUAGCUGCAAUUGAAUGCUCUGAUCUGAAUGAAUGCUUUUCUGAUGGAAACAAUAGAAAUAGAUAUUAUUUAUGCUAGGUAGAGCUGAACUGGCUGGUUGUGGGUGGGCCUAGAACAAGGAAAAUGGCUCUUUGAGCCCAUAGCAACCCUGCGGUCUAGGCCUACCAUGUGUAAUCAUCAGCUCUGCAAAAAGAUAAGAGUGAAAGACCAAUCACUGCUAUCCCAAUUUUAUCAAUAGCCAGGCUUGAUUUUGGCUUGCAAAGAAUCUAAUAGUCUGAUUUGCAGAGAAUUUUACCACUAAUCUUCUCUCCCUAUUGUAUUUGAAGAAAACUAAAGCCCCUCUAUGUGCAUGAUAGGAAGUUAAAUUCAAAUGAAGUUUUGUUUU